AUGUCCCGACGUGACUGACCGACGGAAGGUGGCGAGCGAAGACGUCGCGCCGCGAUCGAUUGCUUCUGUCUGAUUGGAGAUCUAAAGAUGGAUGCCUGCCGCAAUAGGUAAAUAAACCCAAUCGAGGCAUUUUACGCGAUUGCGACGCGCGCCCUGCUCACCGCAGACGCGUUUUAAUUCCCACGGCGAGAUGCUCGCAAAGCGGCGCGCGCGUGUUUUCACGAGAUGUUGCGAGAGCAGCCGCCGCAAUGCAGCGGCGUUGACUUGAGCUAUACCGGGGGCACCACAAAUCUCGACGGCGAAAGCCAUUCCAGGGGAGGCGCCGACAAACACUUGGGAGUCGUACCCUUCACGUUAACACGGUGAAUGCUACGUUCGAAGCCCGUCGCGUUCUGUUAGCUCGAUUAGCUCGUAAACCGCCUGGUUGCAACCUGGCGUUUCCAAUCCCCUCGCUUUCCUUUGUUUUGUUCUGCCUGCUUUUUUUUCCUCCAAAGGGGGGGGGGGGGGGCGGAGGAUAUUUUUGAGGGUUCCAUCCAGUCGAUGAGCCGACGUCAACCUAACGUGCUUUUUAAUGGUCUUCAUCCUCAGUUUAUAGACGUGGCAAGUGAAAGGCCGGGCGAGAGAGGGGAGCGCAAAGCCUCGCAAGUGAUCUGACCGUGCAUUUCCCUGUUUUGGCCGAGGCUUGCUGAGCUGCAGCAUGACCACAGCAGCGACGGCUCAUCUGGUACUUGUGGCAAAUGAAAAUGGAGGAGGUUUCAAUGUCCGGCCUGGACAACGGCAAGCUGGAGGGCCUCGCUCAGAACAUCCUGUCUGACCUGGUGGAGGAUGCUUGCCUGGGCCUUUGCUUCGAGGUGCACCGGGCUGUCAAGCAGGGUUAUUUCUUCCUGGAUGACACGGACCAAGAAAGCAUGCGGGACUUUGAAAUCGUGGACCAGCCGGGCUUGGAUGUGUUCGGCCAGGUUUACAACCAGUGGAAAAACAAAGAGUGCGUUUGUCCCAACUGCAGCCGAAGCAUCGCCGCCUCGCGCUUUGCGCCGCACCUGGAGAAGUGCCUCGGCAUGGGACGCAACAGCAGCCGCAUCGCCAACCGCAGAAUAGUCACAGGUAACAACACCAACAACAAGUCCGAGAGCGACCAAGAGGACAACGACGACGUCAAUGAUAACGACUGGUCUUACGGGGCAGAAAAGAAAGCCAAGAAAAGAAAAGCUGACAAGAAUCCAAAUUCACCAAGAAGAUCCAAAUCCUUCAAGCAUAAGAGCAGCAUGAUGGGUCCUCGACGUCGCAUGGACAACCAGGAAAGCCCGCGCAUGUUGAUGAAAGAUGAGGCCUUCUCUCAGUAAUGACACAUGGACACCCAACAGUACUCGAUUAUGCUGAAAGUAUUGCGUUUUACAGUGGCUUGUACGACGACUACUGCUCAGACCUCCCACUUCGUACUUGACAGUUUUUUUUUUUUUGACUACCCAAAUCAUCGUAAAGACACUGGCUUUUUAAUCCUCACCUCGCUGGAAUUGCUCUCACGGUUAUGAAUCAUUUGACGUAUGAUUUCACUACAUAUAUCCUGCAAAGUAUUGUCCAAAAAAAAAUCUGAAUUACGCAAGCAAGCGUGUGCGUAUUUCAGCUGUGCAAGAAAAUAAUGUCUAAGGGUCACAUGACGUUUCGGACAAUCACUAGAAAUGGUUUGGCUUCUGUUUUCGCCUCUGUGUGCGCAUGCGUGAGUUUGAAGGAGAAGCGACUCACUCACCAACAAGUGCACAUUUAUUGAACAAGAAAUUAAUUGGUGGCGAAAGCAGGUGUCUUUUUUUUUUUUUUCCUUUUUUGGGUGGGUGGGGGCCGUACUUGAGUUUUAGGGUUCAAACAUGUCUCAUGUGUUUACAGUGUAAAGGGGUUGCACAAAUCCUCAAUUGUGAUGUGAUGGUGUAAAUAUUCCGAUAGUUGAAUUGCUGCUAUCCUGGCUCGGUUUCUUUCAUCUCUCUAGCAUAAUAAAUGAUUUGUUAUUUGUC